AUGGGAAUAGUCGAGCAUACAGACAAGAUCGCUCUGGCCGUUUACCAAUUGGAAGGUGAGGCAGACCAUUGGUGGACAUUAAUCAAGGAAUCUAGGGAUAUCACGACUAUGACUUGGGUGCAAUUUAAAGAAUCGUUUCUGAGGAAAUACUUCCCACACACUGUUAGACAGGAAAGAAUUCGUGAGUUUCAAUUGCUAGAGCAAGGCACGAUGACGAUGACCCAAUACGUGGCGAAGUUUGAGGAAUUAGCUCGUUAUGCGACUCGAUAUGUAGCCGAUGACGAAGAGAAAGCACGAAAAUUUGAGUGGGGUCUAGACCCUAUAAUUAGAGGAAGGGUUUUUCCCUUGCGACUCCCUACUUUCGCAAAUGUGGUGGACACGACACUAGACGCAGAACGGGAGGUGGUAGAUACCAAACGGAUUUGGAGCUUGAAGAAAGAAAGUCAAUCCCAUGUGGGACCAGAAAGAAACAGUCGAAGACAUGUAGUACCAAAAUCGUACUCUAGGGCACCACCACAACAACAACUACUACAACAACAACCGCAACUACAGUACCAGAAGGAAAGCUUUCAAACAAGAUCAACUUGGCCGAUCUAG